UGUCACACAAGCGCUGCUCGCACGUUGUGCAGCCAAUCGCUUCCUUCAUGACGCCAGCGAGGCUGGACUCCACGGGGCUUCGACCUUUUUUUUUCAUGCUCAACACCCACGGAGGACGCACAUUUGGAGAAGAGACCAAGCAGCGGGAAGACCUCCAAGCCAUGGCCGGGAUGCGCGCACCUGCGAUCCGCUCUCUGGGCUGCUGAUUCCGGCCAAGCAGCACCUGUUUUGUCGGUCCUAUCACCAGGAAUAUAUUUCCUCAUGUUGUGGACUAUUGGACUUUUAACUUGCAGAAUGGAUGAAGACGUGCUCAUGCAUGCACCUGUUUAGGCAUGCAUAGGAAAAGGAGGACUUUUUCAACAUAAUUGAAGCUUCUCUGCAAAGCUUGUCAUUUGUGGGCCAAAAAAAAAAAAAAAAAUGAUCAUGUUUCGUAAAUUCCGCUUCUUGCUCCUCAUGGUGUUCGUGGUGGCGUGCACCGUGCACAUCAUGAUCGACUUGUUGCCCAAACUGGAGAAGAGGACGUCGGGGCCGGGCGGCGAGGAGAGCGGCUGCCAGUGUGCACGCCACGCCGGCAAGGAGGCGCCGGGCUGGGCCAAGCAGCGCCUCAGGUCGGGGUUUGCCAAAGACGCUCCGUGGCCCGACAAACACACGCUGAGAAUCCUGCAGGAUUUCAGCAGCGAGCCCAACUCCAACCACAGGUCGCCGGAGAAGGGCGCCGGCGCCGGGGAGAGGGCGGAGACGGCCCGGAGGUCGACCGGGAUAAGUGAGGGACACAAGCCGCUCAUCGGAGAGGCGAGCGGGGGUCGGACGGUGACAAGAGCCGCUGCGUCGCCACUCUCGGCUCUCUUUCAGCAUCCUUUGUACAAGAUUGGACUUCCCAGGCUUACGGAUGUGGACACUUUAUUUAACCUCAACACUGACAUCAGACUUUAUCCCAGAACACCUGGCAACCAAGGAUGGGCCAACGAGGGUGACACCGACCAGGAGGAGGAGAACGAGGAGGAGAACGCCCCGGUGGUCCAGGCCACCGCGGAGUCCUACCCCAACUGGUUGCGUUUCCACAUCGGGAUCAACCGCUACGAGUUGUACGCCAGACACAACCCGGUGCUGGAUGCCUUGCUCAAGGACCUGGUGACGCAGAAGAUCACCAGCGUGGCCAUGAAAUCAGGAGGCACCCAGCUCAAGUUGAUCAUGACCUUCCAGAACUACGCCCAAGCUCUGUUCAAACCCAUGAAGCAGACCCGAGAGCAGGAAACCCCUCCGGACUUCUUCUACUUCUCGGACUUUGAGAGGCACAACUCAGAGAUCGCCGCCUUUCACCUGGACAGGAUCCUUGACUUCCGGAGGGUCCCCCCAGUGGCCGGGCGGCUGGUCAACAUGACUCGAGAAAUCCGAGACGUGACACGUGACAAAAAGCUGUGGAGGACUUUUUUCAUCUCGCCAGCCAACAACGUCUGCUUCUACGGCGAGUGUUCCUACUACUGCUCCACCGAGCACGCCCUGUGCGGUAAACCCGACCAGAUCGAAGGCUCCCUCGCCGCCUUCCUGCCGGACCUCAACCUGGCCAAACGCAAGACGUGGCGCAACCCCUGGAGACGCUCUUACCACAAGCGCAAGAAGGCGGAGUGGGAGGUGGAUCCAGAUUAUUGUGACGAGGUGAAGCAGGCGCCCCCGUAUGACCGUGGGACUCGACUGCUGGACGUCAUGGACAUGACCAUCUUCGACUUCCUGAUGGGUAAUAUGGAUCGCCAUCAUUACGAGACCUUUGAGAAGUUUGGAAACGACACCUUUAUUAUUCACCUGGACAACGGAAGAGGGUUCGGGAAACACUCCCAUGAUGAGAUGUCCAUCCUGGUGCCUCUCAGUCAGUGCUGCAGGGUGAAGAAGUCCACUUAUCUCCGUCUCCAGCUGCUGUCUAAGGAAGAGUACCAGCUCAGCACUCUGAUGGAAGAGUCUCUCCUCCAGGACCACUUGUCCCCCGUCCUCAUCCAGCCUCACCUUCAGGCCAUGGACCGCCGACUGGGCCGGGUGUUGCAGGUCCUGGCUGACUGCUUGGCGAAAGAAGGCUACGCAAACGUGGUCGAGGAAGACAUGGACGGAAAAGCCACCAUCCACAGGGGCUCCGGUCACAGGUAGUGAGU